AACCUGUUUUAACGACUGCUUUCACGACCUAUGCAUGUGUUGACUUACCAUCUAAUUGGGGGAUACAGUAUAAAAUAAAACUCAUCGCUCCGCCAAUGGAAGUGAGACGCUAUGAACCAUACUUUAAACCGGUGCUUGAGCUACAGCCAGGAGUUUGUGAUGGGCGAUGACUGGUAAGAGAUUUGUGUUGUUUUAAGGCGUAUUCGUUUCUGAUAUGGAUGGAAAUGAUCACGUAUCACUAAUUAAAAUCGAACCAAAACAUGAAGAAGAAAUCCAUUCCGAUCUCCAAGGAAAUGUUUUAGUAAACAACGAAGCAUUGGCUGUAAUAAAGGACGAAAAUGCAGUUGCUGCACAGUGUUCCAAAGUGCUUGAUAAUGAAGUAAAACCCCAAACCGAUUGUAGAUGGAAUAUUAAAACUGAAAUUGCCAACGAUUUUGAAUGUGACUUCGGUCAACAGACGACAAAUAAAGUCUUGAACUGUGUUCAUUGUGAUUAUGGAACAAAGAAUAAACAACGGCUUCUACGGCACAUUUUAACACACAAACGUAAUGCGCUACAAUGUGAUAAUUGUGAUUACAAGACAAGUAACAAAUACCACUUUGAACGACACCUUUUUAAACAUAAAGAAUUUAAAUGUGCUAAUUGUGAUUACAAGACAAAUAACAAACACUGUCUUAAACAACAUCUUUUAAAACAUACCGAUUCUAAAGAUUUUAAAUGCACCAAUUGCGAUUAUGAGACAAAUAACAAAUAUCACUUUAAAAGACACUUGUUGAAAUAUACCGAUUUUAAAAAUUUUAAGUGUGCUAAUUGUGAUUACAAGACAAAUAACAAAUAUAACUUUAAACAACACCUUUUAAAACAUAUCGACUCUAAAGAUUUUAAAUGUGCUCAUUGUGAUUACAAGACAAAUAACAAAUACCACUUUAAGCAACACCUUUUAAGACAUAACAAUUCUAAAGACUUCAAAUGUGCUCAUUGUGAUUACAAGACCAAUAACAAAUAUCUCUUUAAACAACACCUUUUAAAACAUACAGAGUCUAAAGAUUUUAAAUGUGUUCAUUGUGAUUACGAAACAAAUAAUAAACGAUAUCUUAUACAACACUUCUUGAAACAUAGCGAUUCUAAAGAGUUCAAAUGCGUCCAUUGUGAUUACAAGACGAAUAACAAAUACCACUUCAAACAACACCUUUUAACACAUAAUGAUUCUAACGUUUUUAAAUGUGCUAAUUGUGACUACAACACCAGUAACAAGUACUGCUUUAAACAACACAUUUUAUGUCAUAACGAUUCUAAAGACCUUAAAUGUGCUCAUUGUGAUUACAGAACAAAUCAUAAAUAUUGCUUUAAACGACACCUUUUAAACCAUAUCGAUUCUAAAGAAUUUAAAUGUGCUAAUUGUGGUUACGAGACAAACAACAAAUACUGUUUUAAACGACACCUUUUAAAACAUACCGAUUCUAAAGGUUUUAAAUGUGGUAAUUGUAAUUUCGCAACUAAUGACAAAUACUACUUUAAGCAACACGUUUUAAAUCAUACCAGUUCUAAAGAUUUUAAAUGUGCUUAUUGUGGUUACGAGACAAAUGAGAAAUACCGCUUAAAGCGACAUCUUUUAAAACAUACAGAUUCGAAAGUUUUCAAAUGUGCCAAUUGUAACUACAAGACUAAUCACAAAUACCACUUUAAAGAACACAUGUUAAAAUAUACUGAUUCGAAAGAUUUUAAAUGUACCAACUGUAAUUACGAGACAAAUAACAAACGCUACUUUAAACGCCACCUUUUAAAACAUAUCGAUUCUAAAGAUUUUAAAUGUGAACAGUGUGAUUACAAGACAAAUGAAAAUUACCGCUUAAAGCGACACCUUAUAAAACAUACGGCUUCUAAAGAUUUUAAAUGUGCAAAUUGUGAAUACCAAACAAGUAACAAAUACUACUUUAAGCAACACGUUUUAAAUCAUACCAAUUCUAAGGAUUUUAAAUGUGCUCAUUGUGAUUAUAUAACAAAUAAUAAACUACAUCUUAAAGGACACCUUUUAAUACAUACCGAUUCUAACUAUUUUAAAUGUGCUAAUUGUAAUUACCAGACAAAUAACAAAUACUCCUUAAAUCGACACGUUUUAAGACAUACCGAUUCUAAAAGUUUUAAAUGUGCUACUUGUCAUUACAAAACAAAUGAGAAAUAUCGCUUAAGACGACACCUUUUAAAACAUAAAGUUUCUAAAGAUUUUAAGUGUGCGCAUUGCGAUUAUGAGACACAUAUCAAAUGCUGUCUUAAACAACACCUUUUAAGGCACACAAACUGUUUUGACAAGGACCAGAAAUUGCUAACUUAAGUUAAUGACAUUUAAAAUGGUCCCUAAAUGUUUGUGGAUGUGGAAACAUUAACUACAGAUCUCUGAGCAAGACAUAAAGAUAGAGAUCAAUAUUAAAGGCAGCAAAUUUGGCACAUAUUACUAGAUGCAGUCGGCGGUACUUAGAUCCCUGAUUUUUAGAUAUCUACAUGAAUUUCUAAACAAUUUUAGCUGGGAAUUAAAACAGCUUAAUAAGGAAGGUUAUUGUUCAGAGCUUUUAUUUAAAAGCGACUUCUCAAUAUUUUUCUUGUUUAAAACGUAUUCAAAUGUUGAAACAUUGCACCACUUUUAGAAUAUGUAUAAAAGUUAUCUAUUUACCCUCUUGCUUCAAGAUUAUAUUUUUCUUCUCCAACUUUUAGCUGUUAGAGGACUCGAAUUAGAAAUAGGCAUUUGCUUAGUUGUGGAAAUUCAUGUCUAAAAUUAAGAAUGAAUAAAUUAAUCCAAUCGU